AUGAUGGCACAGUUAAGAGCCUCCUGUCUUUUCCUCUUUCUUCUUAUUGACUUCAUGCCGACAGAUGCCAAGCAAGAUAAGAUGAAGAUGGAUUGCUACAAAGAUGUAAAAGGCACCAUAUAUAACUAUGAGGCCUUCACUCUUAAUGGGAUGGAACGCAUUCAAUUCAAGCAGUAUGAGGGCAAGUACAUCCUCUUUGUCAACGUAGCCACCUAUUGUGGCCUGACAGCUCAAUAUCCUGAACUGAAUGAACUUCAGGAGGAGCUAAAGCCCUUUGGCUUUGUUGUGUUGGGCUUUCCCUGCAACCAGUUUGGAAAGCAAGAACCAGGAGACAACACAGAGAUUCUUCCUGGACUCAAGUAUGUUCGUCCAGGGGGAGGAUAUAUACCUAAUUUCCAGCUUUUUGAGAAAGGAGAUGUGAAUGGUGAAAAAGAACAGAAAGUCUUCACCUUCUUGAAGCAUUCCUGUCCUCAUCCAUCUGAGAUGUUGGGCUCAUUAAAAUAUAUCUCCUGGGAACCCAUAAAAGUUCAUGACAUCCGUUGGAACUUUGAAAAAUUUUUGGUGGGGCCUGAUGGAGUCCCUGUCAUGCGAUGGUUCCACCGUGCUACAAUCAGCAGAGUCAAGUCAGACAUCCUGGUGUACCUGAAGCAAUUCAACACUAAAUAA